UUAACACGUUAUUCGUUGCUCUUAUAGUAUUUGUCAUUAUUACUAUUGUACAUCUUUUUAUCUGAAUGUAAACAAUUUCUUAAAAAUGUUCUUUUAUUGUUUUAUUAGUUAUUUUAUGUAUUUAUGAAAUAAAUUAUACUAUCCUCUGACAUAAUUUUUAAUAUUCGUUUCUAAUUUGCAAAUAAAAUGGAGCCAUCUUCACCAUGGAAAACACCAAAUGAAGUAAUGCAAAUACACAGACUGAAAAAACGAAAAAAGGCAUUACAGGAACGCAUGAAACAACCAUCAAUAUCUGGCAGUGAAGAAAUUAAACCAAAUGGAAAGGCAGAGGAUUUAAAUUUUUCCAGACUUAUCAAUGGAGACAAAAGAAAAAAUCCAUUUUCAAAAAAUAACUUGGAGCAAAAUAAGAAAGCCAAAGUUGACAUUGAAUUACCAUUAGAUGAAUCCAAUGACAAAACAUUAUUUGCAUUACUAAAGUUACCUGCAAAAAUCGAGAAGCCUCCAGAAGAUAUCCAAAAAUUAUCCACCUUCUCAAACUUAUUGCAAAAAUUCACUGCAGACCAUUCAGUACACACAGAAAUUGUUGAAAAGAAAUACAAACACUUACCUAUUGAUUGGGCACUAAAAACUAAAAUGAGACUAAUGUCCCCCAAACCGUUUGCUUGGACAUCCAUGCUGAAAGCAAGUGAAGAGGCUUCGGGAAUAACAGGGUUUGUAAGAUGUCUCGAUACGACUUCGUCACCCACCUUGGACACAUCUCCGCGGGCCCUCUUCCACCAGACCUGCCUAUACUGGCAACAUCCCCAUCUACCCUGGCUGAAUUUAUACCCUCGCUCCUCUGGGAAAGUUUCUGCUACCAAUUUUAUGGCCACAAACGAUGAGGUCAAACAAGCAUUGCAUAGAGACUGGUGUGAGAGCUUCAGGUCUUUGUUCCAGCUGCUACGCGCGCGCCACUGUCCAUACUUCUACGUAUGCGCAAACACAUUCACAUGUCUGUUCCGGGCGGCCGGACUCUGCGGCGUAUCUGAACCCUGCGUCCUCAUAGCGCCGACUACUCGAGGAUUUAGACAAACAUUACGGCAUGAAGAUGUAGAAUUCACAAUGCCGCUCCGUCCCGACAAGAAAAAAUUCAACACGUCCGACGAGGACCGACCAAAGAACUCCUCAUUCGACAGUUGUUAUGAUACAAUGGAAGAAACUAAGUUACCCCAAGAGUCGCAGCGUAAGGAUGAUGGCUCCGGCGAUGAGGAAGAUCCCGAUCAUUUCCUGUCACAGCUGGGACUUGAGACGGACGUCAUAAAGAAAAUUAACAACACACAGGCACGCAUAACCCAGAGCGCGGAGAGCAGCGUAGACAGUGCAGCGGAGUCCCUGGUGGUGGUGCGAGGCGCGGAUGCGCAGGCGCUGUUCGAUUUCCUACUCAACUGCAAGUCGCUCGCCAGUCCCACCGGUCCACUCGCCGCUGUGCCACCCACGCUGCUCGCGCCCACAGCCUUCCACGGCGCCACGUUACAGUCGUUACAUGUUCGAGAGAACACACUACAUUCCGAUAACAAAAAAUACUACUCAAUAGAACUGAAAGGGCCAAUACUGCCAACCACUGUGCAUACACUAUUCAACGUUCUGAAGACGAGUUCAACGGCGCAGUUUAGCGCUACAUUCGCUCAUCACCAGCCUACGCUUGCUUUCUCUUGGGCUGCCCAGAAAAUUGCUGAAGAUGAGGCCUCAAAAGAAAACGAACCAAAUCACUUCACAAAAGCGUUCAAUAAAGAAAACUUAUCAGACUGUGGCAUAAGUGAAGAGAUGUUACAACAUUUCUGUUCUCCAGAUCCAAGUAUUGUAAAACCUCUGGAUAGUGUUAAAUACAAUACAGAAGACGGCACAUAUACUUGGUGAUUCUUUACACUAUAAGAUAUUUAAGUAUAUUUAUUAUAGUAUAAAGUACGUUUUUCGUUUGUAUUGUGUGGUUGUGAGAAUGAAUUUUGAUCAUGAAUUAAACAAUAUUUUUGUACA